GAAGAGUUUGGUUGUCCUCACACCAAAUAUUGCUUUUCCGCGGAAAAUUCAACUGGCACUUGAGCGGGGAAAUUCUACUGUGAAUAUAUGGGUCUCCUGGAUGGGGAUGAGGAAAACGCAGGCGCACAUCCCAAUGCCGGGUUCACACUUGAAAAUUCCCCAUCUCUAUGGGAACGUUCAGCGACUCUUAUAAAUAGGAGAUCAGUCGUGAUUUUCACUCUAGUCGUCGGAAAAGUCUCAACCGGUGCUCAUACAUUUAACCUUCGGAAAAAGUGAAAAUCAGUGGUUUCCCUCUAAAUAAAAAUCUGGUGAAUCAUUUUUUUGAGAUUUUACUUGGUAUGUGCUCCAUAAAAAGUGAAAGAGAACGGAUAGUUUAGUAACAGCCAGACGGAAAACCACCGCAGAUUUUUUUAUUGCAAAAGAGAGACUGAAUUUCAAAACGAAACGGUCUGGUCAGACUUUUUGGUUUUAAGCUGAUAUUUGAGCAGUGAUUGAACUUUUUUUCCUGUGAGAACAGACAAUAACAGCCACAACGUGGUUUUGUGAAGAACUUUGGGUUCUUGAAAAUUUCAAUUGUGAGUGAAGAGUUGAAGAAACUCAAAGCAGCUGAUUCAAGAUUGGUAUUUUUAAAGGUGCUGGCAAAAUGAAAACAGAGGAUAAAAAUAAUGUACCACGAGUGAGGAUUGCCGUUUUGGGAAAUAUCAACGUGGGAAAAUCUGCACUCACUGUGAGAUACUUGACGAGGCGUUUCAUCGGUGAAUAUCGCUCCAAUACAGAUCUCCUCUAUCGCCAGACAAUUUCCCUCGACAGUGGACUUUUGGAUGUGGAAAUAGUUGAUAUAUCCGUGGAGGGAGAGGCUGAUUUCCCAUUAGAGCAGAUUCAAUGGGCAGAUGCAUGUUUAAUUGUCUACAGUAUUACGGAUAAAUCGAGCUUUGACUAUGCAAGCAAGAGCCUGGCUGAGCUUAAAGCCCUGCAAAAUGCACCAUUCGCAUACCUGAUUGGAAAUAAGGCAGAUUUAGACCAUUUACGUGCGGUCUCAGAAAGUGAAGGUGCUAAAUUGGCGGCAUCAUAUGGAAUUGGCUUCUGUGAGGUGUCCGUGGCGGAAAAUUCCCCAGCAUUGUACAAAGCUUUCGAGAGGAUAUUGAUCGAGUCACGAGCUCGUCCUGUGAAGCAGCGGAAAUUUUCAGUCAGCAAAAUGAUUGGCACAUUGAUAGGCAGCAGCGCAUCUAAGCCGAUCCAGAUAACCCAAGGAACUGUGGUCCCUUGCCACAAAGGUGAUUUGCAUAAGUCGCGCGUGUUGAAACGACGCCAGGCAUUCGCGGCCACAAUAUCGCUAUGACAGACCAACAGAUUGACGGCCAGUAGCCCGAGUGACUGCUAAAUGGACUCAUCCACCAACCGUUGCUGGGUGAGGAUAUGCCAAACUUCUCUUGGCUUGGGAGUCCCCAUACAUAAAAUCCCUCAGUGGAAAUUUACCGAUGAUGAACUUUUUCCACUGCAUUGUCUCCACUGAGGCGUGCUCUCGCAUCGACAUAUUUUCUAUUAAAACGAUAUAAAAUGAAAGUCGGGGUUUGAAGAUUGUUGCUGGCGACAGCACAUUCAAUGCGUAUCACUCGUUGAUGUGUUUAUUUUGUCGGCAAUAUCCACCAGCAGUGGAAUUUUCACAUGCACGUCACCGAGUGCCUCCAAAUGGCGCAUGAAAAUUCUUUAUAUUUAUUAAUUUGCCCCCGCAAUUGCAUUGAAAACUCAUCAAUCAAAAAAAAAUCCCCUCUUCCUAUAUAUUUUUUUCUAUUUUCCCCCUUUUGAUUUUGUUUUAAAAGCUCAAUCAAAAAAAGCCAGAUGAGCAAAAAUUAUUGUGAUGAAAUAUAAUAGCAGAUUGAUGCUGCUCGGUUUGAUUUCUCAAUGAAGGACUCUUCAUGGCAUCAAUUUCGAAAUUGUCCUACAUUCUCUGUCCAAUUGAGACUUCAAACUGCGACUGAAUGGGCGAGAGAAGGAGUUUUGCAAAAAAGAUCACUAAUAACAAUAAUAAUAAUGUAAGAUUAUUUAACAUCAAUGUGGCGUGUGUGCUCCAUCAAAUGUUAAAAUUGUGUAUCAUUAGCUAGUAUUUUGUCGUUUAUCUACACACAGAGAGACUGUUUGGUAAAAAUAGGUGGGAAGAAAAAUUCUUUUCCCCUGCUUUUUCACGCAAUUUUUUGGCAUCUUUCGCGGGAUUAUUUUGCUUGUUGAGUCCAACUGCGACUUGACUUUCGGCAAUGAAAUACCAUUUGGACGACUUUUAGUUUAUCGUCGAUUGAGAAAGACAUUUUCUAUUUACAUAUAUAAUAUAUAUAAUUUUUGUAACAGAGGAAAAGUUAUUUUUCUUCACACAUAGGACAAAGAUGUUAAUGAAGAAGAAGAAAAACAAGAAAAUGCCAUUUAACUUAAAAUGAUGAUCGAUAUCACUGAUUUUAUUGCACAAUUUAGUGUUUAGGUGAAGAAUUCGAGGCAAGAAAAUGGAGAUGAAUAAAAAAAUAUCUCUGUUGAAUAUUUUUAAAAGCCCAACACAAAGAAUGACCUCAAGUUGAAUAAACUUUUGCGCUUUCUGUUUGAGCUAAAAAUGCAUAAAGAAAAGAGAUAUUUGCGAUAAAAAUAUAUAUUAAAAAAGAGUUAAUUAUCCAUCCCCAAAACUCCCUAAAUUACCUGAUUAUAUCAUAUUGAUAUAGCAAAAUUUGUUUUUACAUUUAAAAAUAAGUUUUUUUUUUGUAGCUAGUAGAAAAGUUUAGGGUAGAAAUGAGUCAAACAGACAAAGAUUUUGGGGAAAACUGCAAAAGAGCUCAUCCAGGAUGGAGGCGCCUGGUUAUUAUCACACUUUGUCUUGUAUACAAGCACUCAUUUUUU